GCAGUUCUAAACAGAUUCUAAGUGUAAUAUACCUUAAAAAUUGGUCAUUGGUGCGAUGUCAAGUUGUAUGUAAAUCUCAACUGUACACAAGAUAACAAAUAAUUUUUAUAUUGUAAGUAAAAAAUAUUUUUAAAAAAUCAGAGGAAUUGUUUCAGGGACGAAAUUUUCUGAAAGUGUACACAGGCAAUCAUAAUCUACUUCAACAAACCCCGAAACAAAAUGAUAACGCUUACCACCAUACCAGCUCCGAUAAGCAAAUUUCAUAAUACAUAUACUCCAUAACCCACAAUGGAUGUGCCCAUUAAGUAUCCUUUCACAAUGUGAUAAACUUCUCUAUCAAAAACGGUUAUACAAAGCUCGAUCCUGUCGAAUAAAAUCAAUAUCACAAAACGUUCGCAUCGCUUUGCAUCACUUAGUGUUUUCUACUAAAAUUGCGCGGUGUUUCCUCAGUUUUCAAUCAAUAAAACCACUGUAACAUUGAUUUAUUUUCGUAAUCAGGUUAAUCAAAAACUAAUCUAGUGGAUUAAUAAUCCAAAUGCGAAUUUUACGUGGACGCUAAUUACAAAUCUGAAAUUUUUAAAUAACGCGAGUUCUGUGGUAGUUUCAUACUCGCACUGCUUUUUAUCCGACAAAUUUCUUGCCGUUUGUUUUAACGGUUCAGAGAAAACCGCACAAAUGUUUUCCGGUGCGUCUUGAGCAAUUCACUUAAAUUCACAAAAUGUAGAUUUAGUCUAAACCCAAAAGUUGUACAAGUCGAAAGUGCCGAGUGCGACGUAACACGGCAAUCUUUAACCAUUCGCAUCCACGUGAGCGAUGAUAACGAUGCCACAUCUGAAAUCGGGAAAGAACGUGAAGCUACUCUUCGUCGCGGUGCUUGCGCUAACCAUCCUGACCACAUUAUUGCUCACAACAGAUCCGAGAUGUGCGUUAACAUCGCAAACUGCAGACACAAUAAUAACACCGACGGGCAGUUUCGACAACUACAGACUCUCCAUGAAUAGAAAUGGUAACUGGCGACAUUUGAGUCCUACACAAACAGCUAGCCUGUCGAGACUAGGAAGAGUGUUGUACCUAGAUGAGGAUCCACCAGCGGCACGCAAUCGAACCUUUUUAAUCCUCGUGUGGAAGUACGGGUAUACAACACAUGACCGUCACAUGAAGCAAUAUUCGGACAAAGAGGUGGAUCCAUUUGCGAGGUGUGCGGUGAAGAACUGCGUAGUUACCUAUGAAGAUGCGGCGGCAGCGCGAGCAGACAUGGUGAUAUUACACCUGCACCGCACUGAAAACGUGGAGGAUAUGCCGCCCGUGCGACGUCCCGAGCAGAUUUGGGCUUUCUCGACAGAUGAAAGUCCCACGCAUACUUUUCUCAACGGACAGCAUAAUUUCAAUGCCUACAACGGGUUGUUUAAUUGGUCAAUGCACUACAGAAUGGAUUCGGAUAUUCCGGUGCCCUAUGGGCGAACAGUGGCAAAACGACGCAUUGAUAACGACCGUUCUUUUGACUUUUCCGCCUGGUUGACAAACCGAUCAAACACAUCGCCCAUAGCGGUAAUGGGAUCAAAUUGUGGAUCACAAAACCACCGCUGGGAAUAUGUUGCCGAGUUGCGUAAAUGGAUCGAUGUUGACUUCUACGGCGGAUGCGGAACUCUAGAGUGUCCUGGUCAUUUCACCAAGGACUGCCCUAAACUGGCUGCGUACCGCUUCUACCUAGCCUUCGAAAACUCCAACUGCGACGAAUACAUCACCGAGAAGUUGUGGUGGAACGCAUACGCCAAGGAUGCCAUCCCCAUCGUCAUGGGCGGCGCACCUUCACGACGCAACUACGCGCAGUUGCUGCCGCCGCACUCCUACAUCAACGUCGACGAUUUCGCCUCGCCGCGCGACUUAGCCUUCUAUCUGCACUACCUGCUGGACGCGCCUGACCGCCUCGCCGAAUAUUUCCAAUGGCGCCGAUACUUCGAGGUGCGUAACGAGCACGGGUACUUUCAAACACCUUCGUACCACUACUGCCGCGCCUGCGAGGCGCUCAACUACAACGAUCUCACGACGAAGAAGACGUAUACGGACUUGUUGGGUCACUGGUCCGAGCAGACGCACUGCGCGGCUGGAUGGGACAUGGUCCAGGAUAGAGGCCAUCUUGAGUCCAUCCAGACUGUCGAUGGGCACAUUAGAAGAAAACUACACGCACCUAACCGGUUCAAGUUUCGUCCGCGCGGUUGGCCCAAUUAUUUUGGGCAUUCACCUGCUUGA